CAUCUAUUAUGUACCUGGAUCGUGGUAAUUAAAUAUCAUAUAGAGGACAUUUCUUGACAGAAGCCAAUCCUAAAAAAAACUUACAGAACGAAACCGUAAUCAAACAACAAUGCAGCUACAAUAUUUGCGAAUGAAAUCUACAGUGAUGGUGAUAUUGUUGGUGGUUCUUAACGACCUCCUGCACACAGUAAGAGGACACGGGAUGUUGCUGGACCCCCCACAAAGGUCCAGCCUGUGGCGAUUUCGGCGGGACGUGCAAACAAAUUAUAACGAUAAUCAGCUGUUUUGUGGAGGAUUUCAGGUUCAGUUCGAACAAAAUGGAGGCAAAUGUGGAGUGUGUGGUGACCCCUGGGACGGACCGAGAGAAAACGAACCCCCGGGAAUCUAUGCUCAGCCAAUCAUCUCCGGGGCAUACUCUCGCGGUGACGUCAUCAAGGUCCACGUGAAACUGACAGCCAAUCACUGGGGCUGGUUUGAAUUUCGUCUUUGUCCAAAUGACAAUUUUUACAAGACUGUGACACAAGCUUGUUUAGACAGGCACCUGCUGAGACUAGCUGAUGGCACGGGCACCAGAUGGCACAUCCCCAGGACAGCCCCCUUCCAAAGCGACUUUUACAUCUUGCUGAAAUUGCCGGAGUACGUGUUUUGUGAAAAACAGUGUGUUAUGCAGUGGAUGUACAAUACAGGCAAUAGUUGGGGCAGGGACCCGGUGACCUUAGAAAGCUGUAUCGGAUGUGGGAACCAGGAAAACUUUAUCAACUGCGCUGACGUCACCAUCUCCGAACAAUCACCUACCGUCCUGCCAGCGUCUGGAUCACGUGGCUGCAUCGGCCGGCCUCGGGGUCAGCACAAUGGCGUGUUUGGCGCGAUAUUAUAUUGCAGAGACACGUGCACGGCUGACGUCUGCGACACCAGGUACUGCGUGUGCAAGACCAUGAGCGCUGAAAACGAAGGGUCACUUUACCGUCAUUGUCAUCCAUGGCCACGAAGGUCCUUCUACACGAAGUAUGGCAGCACGAACUCACUGGGUUACUGUAGAAACCACUGCUCUCUCUCCUCUUUGUGCGCAACUCAGUCAAACUGGUGCUUCUGCGGCGCAGAGCCGUUCAGGGGUUAUAACUCAACAGAACUAAGAACGCCAGGCGAGGAAAUUGAUCCAAUACCACAGAAAAUACAUUACCCAGUAGACAACUCACACGACCAGGGCAGUCCAGACGCCCAAGACGGCCUUAAACCAUUGCCCCCACCUCUAACACUGGACACACCCAAACCUGAGCAUUCCACAGAAACGCAAAGUGCCAAAAUGGAGUGCGUACCCAAAGGCAAAUGGAAAUCUCGACCUGGAACAAACAAAUGGUGUCGGGAACUCUGCCCAGAAUCCCCAGCAGGCUGUUCUAGGCCAGGGCUUAUGGUGGUCUGUACUUGUAAACUAAAAGAUAUGGUGUUGAUUUUAUAUCAGGUGGCGGGCGUUAUCUAUGUCUGCCCCGGGGGUAGCAGGGGGUGGGUCUGCCCAGGGGGUAGCAGGGAAAUGCACCAGCAGGGAUUGGCGGGUGUGUUCAAAAUGAAUAAUUUGUAUUAUAAGCACAGAGGAGGUAGACGUCACUGUGUAUUAUUGGUGGCCGCCAUAUGGACAGUGGUCGCAGUAGACGUCGUGCAGGGUAACGGACGGCUGGUCUCCCCUCCUAUGAGGUCCAGCGCGUGGAGAUUUGGGUUCCCCACCCCCAGAAAUUACGACGAUCACGCUCUGAACUGCGGUGGAUGGCAUAACCUGUGGGAGGUAAACAACGGACACUGUGGGGUAUGUGGCGACCCCUUCCAGGGCCCCAGAGAUAACGAGGCGGGAGGCAGGUUUGCCACGGGUUACCUGACUGCCGUCUUUACACAGGGCCAAACCAUACAAACCGUAAUUGAAUACACCGCCAACAAACUCGGAGGAUGGAUCGAGUUCCGUGUGUGCCCUGUGGAAAACGAAACUGUUCCCGUGACACAAGCUUGUCUUGACCAGCAUCUGCUACGGUUUAUGGAUGGCAGUGCACGUCAUCCUUUACCUGUGAACUUUACGACUGGGUAUCACAGCUAUAGUUUACAACUACCGUACGACGUGCAUGGGUUCCACUGUGUGUUGCAAUGGAACCAAUAG